UGAGUGGUCAUUGAAUGAUUCGUGUGCAUAUUUCCGGGGUAAAGUACUGUGAUAUUAUCGUCAUUAUAUAACGGAGAACACUGUCUCAUCAAAGCAACGUAAGAUUCGUUACCAUAUCCUGUCAUCGACGUCCACUUGAUACAACUGACCGCUUCUUCUCGUUUCCUGUAACGACGUUCAUCCGGGAGGGGGGAUAACUGUUUACACUUCCAGUCUCCUGUGCUCCCGUCGUAGAGCUGAUUUAGAAUUUCAGGGGUAAAGUACUGUGAUAUUAUCGUCAUCAAAUAACGGAGAACACUGUCUCAUCAAAGCAACGUAAGAUUUGUUAACAUAUCCUGUCAUCGACGUCCACUUGAUACAACUGACCGCAUCUUAUUUCAGGCUGACGCAUAAAAAAGUGUCUACAGAAAUGGCCCAGGCACAUGUUCGUGGUGCGAUAGAUCCUCCUUGCCCAAGGCAUCCUAAAAGUGAAGCUGUUUUUGUAUGUCUCGAAAACGAAUGCGAGGAAGCACUAGCUUGUCCCGAAUGCAUUGUAGGGGAUGGGGAUCACAAUAAACAUGAAAUAACUUUACUGAAGAAUCACUUGGAUACCUUUAAGAAAAAAAUCACUGACUUUAAAAAAAAUACUGGAGAACAAAUACUUGCUCCAUUGAAAGAAAAGGUAGACAAAGUAGCAAACGAGCUAGAAGCAAUGGAUCCUGCUACGUCAGCUAUCCUCGAAGAAAUCGACGCAAGGGGGAAACAAAUUAAUGAUCAAACAAACACAUUAGUAACUGAACUUAAAGCAAAAUGUAGCCAAAUCGGAGCAUCCAAUCGACAGAUGAUGGAGCAAUAUCAGAGAAGGCUCUUGGGUAAGAUCACUGAAAUCGAGGCUGAUAUCACUGCGCUUGACAAUUUCCUUUCUGCUGAUUGUAAGGCAGAUAUUGUCAAUGGAGCAAAACCAGCACUAUCUAAGAAGUACCAAGAUUUACCGUAUCCUGACAAUAUCAAAGAAGUAUCUUUCAAAGGCAGCGAGACCCCCCUGAAUAACGUCGCAACCCUUCUAGGGAUAAUUGUGAUUGGAACUGAACAACCAGUGAGGGCAGAAACAGAUACCGAAAAGAUCAAACGCCUAGAGAAUUCCAUCAAAGACAUGGAAAAAACGGGUAAAGAUUAUCAAGCCCAUAUCAAGAAGUUGCGAGAGGAAUUACAGAAUGCAAGGAAAGAGAAAACUGCUGAUGCACACGAAAAGAGGAAAAUGCAGGACUCUAUUGAUGAAUUGAGAGCAGAAUUAGAACAAAGCAGAAGUGCCAUGCAGCAGUUAACAGAUACUUAUACUUGUCAGUCGUGCCAUGAACCAAAGUCGUCUUGUGCAUGUAGGACCUGCUCUAAAUGUCAGUACAAAGGGAAUGACUUCAAAGUAAGUAUUGUGUUUCACAUAAUUUGUUUAGGUAACUAUUAUAUAAUCCGAAUAUGCAUACAAUUUGACAAGCACACUACUGAUCGUUGA